UUAGAUCUCUUAUGAGCAAUUAUCUGUGGAACAGCUGUAGUACUGCUUUAUGCCACAAGAUGUCUCUAAUUAGCCAUAGAGCUAUUAUAAAAGUUUCUUGAAAAUUCUAUUAAGUGGCUCUUUAAACUCUACUAAAUAAUGUUCUUAAUUGCAAUUUUACUUUUAUAAUAAACAAUAAUAAACAUUUUAGAAUGAAUUAUACUCCCCACUCUAGAUCAAAUUAAUUUUGUCCAAGAUUGUCACAUGAUCUAUGUAAGAAAUUACACAAUGGAUGAGGUUUCCGGAAAUCAACACAUAUAGAUAAGAGACACUGAGGAAGUGUGACAGAGUGUGUUUCAAUGUGAGGGACUGGUAUGUGUACAGAAGAAGCAGUAAUGAUGAAGUGCUUGUAUCUUUUGUCUGUUGUGUUUCAGGUGGCUGCAGGUUGUGCUCUUUCUGUUAAAAAUCACAUAGAAAUCACACAACUCAAAGGACGUUCAGUGCUGUUACCCUGCUCCUGCUCUGACCUGCACUCCAAACCUCAGAAACUCACCUGGGGGACCUUCAAAACAGGACGUCUGACUGAAGUGUUAAAUGAUGAACACUACCGUGGCAGAUAUCAGCUGUUUAAUAACAUUUCUCCUGCUAAUCUGUCACUACUCAUAUCUGACCUGAGAGAAGAAGAUCAGGGACUCUACAGGUGCAGCACUGAGAAGGAACACAGAGACAUUUGGCUUUAUGUUAAAGGCUGUGAGCUGGUGAAGAAGACAGUGGUAGAGAAUGUGACUGGGUUCAUAGGAGAGUCUGUAGUUCUGCCCUGCGUCUGCACUGACCUACAGGACGCCCCGAAGAGGGUAACAUGGAAGUUUAAUAAAAACAAUCACUUUCAGGAAAUUUACUCUAAACAGACUGGACAUCACAGUAACAGAGUGAAACUGGUCAGUAAAAACCUUCCAGGAAACCUCUCUCUACUCAUAUCAGUCCUGACUGAAGAGGACCAGGGAAUUUACAAAUGUUCUGCACAGGCUGAUCACAGAGAUCUGAGACUGUCUGUUAAAGGAAGAAGAAAAUCUUCAAUACAAAGAAAGAAGAAGAAAACAGACACAACACCUCCAUCAGAACAUCCUCAGAGAGGAAGAUGUGAAGAGAACGUAGUUGCUGGAGGACAUCAGGACUGUGAGGGAAAGCAGGAGGAUCAGACUGUAUCUGAUCUUAACACUUUCUGUAUUCAAUAACACAUUAACACACAGCUGGAGCAGCACGGGUCCAGAUUAACACUGAAGAUAAAGAACUGAAUAUGGCACCAUAAUAACAACUAAUCCACAGUAAAUAUAGAUACGUUUUCACAUAUUAUAGAAUAAUACUGAAAAUAUGUAUUAAAUACACACCAUGACCAAGUACAGGAUUUACUACAUUGGCUUUUUAGUGCUUUUUUAUAUUGCUGUUAAAAAUCACAUUUACACACAUGCAUGGAUGUGAUUUAAUUGGAUUAAGAUACAGAGUUUCCAAUCAUUUUGUUACUUUUACUUAUGUUAGCUAAGUGUAUUGUUCUGCAUUCACUUUGUCUUGUGUACAGUUGUAUUUUUAUAUCUUAUAUAUUAUAUUAGUCUCAUUUUAUAGCUUAUUUGUAACAAUUUAAUAUCAGGGUAAGAAAUGAAUGAUCCAGAAGCAUCAUGGUGUUUUGUGUAAGAAGACUGUUAUACAUGUUCUUGUUUGUGACUUUCAGUGUUUAGACUGAUGGUACCUUUAGUCCCUGUUCUAGUAAACUAGCAUGAGGACCUGUUUUUGAGAGACUUCACAGCACUUCUGUAAAACACUUUGGAUAAAAGAAUCUGCCAAAUGCCGGAAAUAUAAAUGUUAAUGUUAAUGUUCAACUUUUUGCCGCCAUUUUUUAAGUGUGAUUGUUCGAUAUUUUACAUGAAUGUGUAAUAAGUAUAUAUAUAUUUGUUUUUGUCACAUUCUUGGAAUUACCAUGGUUUCAUUAUGUCAUUUUAAUUAUUCCCUCUGAAAUGCAUAUUUUUGAUGUACUGGAGUAGAUAUUAGUGUUUAUUUCAGUCAUUGUGUUCUGAAUAAUAAGGUAAUUCUCCUAAGGGAGAGAGAGAGAGAGAGCCUUUGCUUGUGUUCUAACGGAAUCAGUUGAUUUUGAUGUGUGUAUGUAAUGUUUAGUGCAUUUUAGUUUGAUAUGAGUUUAGCUUCCAUAGUGAGCUUUCAAGUAGGUUUUAAUCAGCUUGAUCUUUGUAAAGCUCCUCUGUGCAGCUGUUACAGGCACUGGAAUAUUCACACUUAUCCUCAGUGCCUCAGAUUUCUUGCAGAUGCUUUUCAUGCAGAUAUUGAAGCCUAAAAUAUUAGUUCAAUAUGAACUAAUAUUUUAUUUCGAUAUUUUGAUCGAGCUGUAAUAUUAUUUGGUUAAAUGUCAAAAAUAAUUUUGCUUCAUAUAUAUGGGUGUAGUAGCGCACGAUGGUCACAAGAGGUCUCUCGUGCGGUGCCCCCAGUAAUUUUACACUCUAGGCCAGCAGUUCCCAAAGUAGGGGUCGCGACCCCCCGGGGGGUUGCGGAGUGGAGGGCGGGGGUCGCAAGAUGAUUUCCAGAAACUUAAUUUUAUUUUUACAUUUUUUUAUUUAUAUGUUAAAAAAGGUUGU